AUUCUUGUUCGUGGAUUUCAGCGCAUGUAAUGUGGUACGCGUAGAGGUAUUCGGUACAGUGAACAACCAACAUUAAAUUCUUAGCAUACGCUUAGCAAAGCUGAAAAUAGUGGCUUACUCCUAAAUUUGUUGUUGUAAUCAAUAUCACCUUUGUCGAACACGAACAUUUCACGAGUGUGUCAUCGAAGAUGGAGGCGAUAAUGAUGUCAACGUCGUACUGGCAAACUGCGGUUUUCUAUUCGCUCAUUGCGAUCACUACAAUUUUGUCUGGCGUUUACGUAUAUAUGGAAAAUUUACGAAUAGUUCGUUUUGGAAACAAACUUCCAGGACCAAAGACAGUGCCAAUUUUAGGAAACGCGUUAUUAACUUUUGGUAUUCAUCCAGACCAUGUUUUGGAGAAACUGGAAGAGUACGAUGUGUUUGGACCGGUGGUGCGUGCUUUUUUAGGAAAAAAAUUAGUCAUCUUUCUAUAUCAUCCCCGCGAUGUUGAAAUUAUUCUCAGCAGCACGGUUCAUAUUGAUAAAUCUCCAGAAUACAGAUUCUUCAAACCUUGGCUGGGAGAUGGUUUAUUGAUAAGUAGUGGUGAAAAGUGGAGAAGCCACAGAAAAAUCAUAGCACCUACGUUUCAUCUAAACGUAUUAAAAACGUUCGUUCCGUUGUUUUAUGAAAAUAGCCGAGAUUUGGUAGUACGCUUACGCGACCAAGUGGGAAAGGAGUUCGAUUGUCAUGAUUAUUUAUCAGCAGUCACUGUUGACAUUUUAUUAGAAACAGCGAUGGGGCUAAAGGAGACCGAGAAACACAAAACUGGUUACGAUUAUGCCAUGGCUGUAAUGAAGAUGUGCGACAUAGUUCAUCGACGUCAAUACAAUGUGAACCUGCGAUUCGAUUUCCUCUUUAAAUUCUCACAUUUCGCAAAGCAACAAGAGAAGCUACUCGGUACCAUUCACGGUUUAACCUCGAAAGUGAUACAAAAGAAAAAGGCAGACGCUUACAAGAAGAUUUGCUUGAAUGCUGGAGAUGAACAACGGAAGCGAAAGGAGAACGCAAAGACGAACGAAACUGCAGAGAAUAAUGAUUCGAAGACUGAGGAGAAAGAUAAACGAGGAACGAAAAUGCACUACGUUAGAGACGAUCUAGACGACAUCGACGACAACGAUAUCGGAGAGAAGAGGAGGCUGGCCUUCUUGGAUCUGAUGCUAGAACUUGCAAAAAGUGGUGCACAACUAACCGACGAGGAAAUCAAAGAGGAAGUCGAUACGAUAAUGUUCGAGGGACACGACACCACAGCUGCGGGCUCCAGUUUCGUUCUCUGUGCACUCGGUAUUCAUCAAGAUAUUCAGGAUCGGGUGUACGAGGAACUGAAUGAAAUUUUCAAAGGAUCUAACCGGCCUUGCACGUUUCAAGAUACUUUAGAAAUGAAAUACCUGGAAAGGGUAAUUUUUGAAACUCUUCGGCUUUUUCCACCGGUACCAGCAAUUGCGAGGCUACUUAAGGAAGACGUAAAAAUUGCGACGAAAGAUUACGUAUUACCAAAAGGUUGUACAGUCGUAGUUGCACCGUUCAAAGUCCACCGAUUAGAAGAAUUCUAUCCGAAUCCAGAAGUAUUUAAUCCUGACAAUUUCUUGCCAGAACGAAUGCAAAGCAGGCAUUACUAUUCUUUCAUUCCUUUCAGUGCAGGACCCAGAUCGUGCGUGGGAAGGAAGUACGCGAUAUUGAAGUUGAAGGUUUUAUUGUCGACGAUCCUGAGGGACUACAGGAUCCAGUCGGAUCUUACAGAAAAGGACUUCCGGCUGAAGGUUGACAUCAUUCUGAAAAGAGUAGACGGCUUCCGAAUAAAAAUCGAGCCUCGAAAUAAAAGCAGCGAAGAGAUCGGUGCAUAAAAUGAUGGUUGGAUAAGCGACCACUGUCGACCGGCGUCGAUUGCAAAAGAAAAAUGCAAAACUAACUUGUUCAACUAGAAAGUAGGAAAGGAAUUUUCCUUUUAGUAUUUAAAUGGAUUUUAUUGAAAUAAUAUGUAGCAAUAUACUAUGUAAUUUCGUUACUUAUACGGUAGAGACAUAUUAUAAUCUUUACAUAUGUAUAAUAAUACAUAUACUAUAGACAUAAGCUAUAAGCUAUCAAGUGAUUUGAAACGUACGGUUGGUUAUUGAAAUAAAUUCAUUUAAAUAGGGUGUUUCGUAA